AUGCAUCGGCCUCGCGAUACCAACCCUCAUUUUGGCAGCCCCUACCAAACACAGCAGCAAGACCAAUAUCCCCAGUCGCUACCACCCCUUGUGCCACUACCACAUGAUCAUGGCCAGCACUCCGCAGCACCGCCACUCAGUCCAGAAUGGUCUGAACCACGGCAAUCAAUUCUGCGCGAGCCAGCCUCAACCCGUCCACGGGUGAAGCAUCAAGGCCGCCAAUCCCGGCCACUAGGUCCAUUGGUGUCAAUUCGUCACCGUGAUCAAGACCAACAUCAUCGGCCAAAGAAACAAAGCCGACAUUCUCAGCCACAUCCUGUACCAGUGGCACCACCUCCUCUCCAUGAUCAAGACCAACACCAUCUUGGCCCCAAGCAUCAAGGCCACGACUCCUUGCCACUAGUCCCGUUGGCAGCACCAAUCCCACACCAUGUUCCAGACCACCAUACUCCACAACACCACACACCACAACACCGUACACCAAAUGGCUCACAUGAACAGCCACACGGUUCGCACGGCUUGCGCAUGCCACUCCCUCAACAAACCAACUUCUUAACAUGGUCUGCAGGCGUGUGCUGCGCCAUUUUUUGGAUCCUCAUAAUCUUAGCAGGUGUCAUUGUCCUCAUUGUCUAUCUAGUCUUUCGUCCUCGGACCCCAAUGUUCGACAUUCCCUCUGCCACACUAAACGCAGCCUAUCUCGACAUGGGGUAUCUCCUCAAUGCCGACCUUACCGUGCUAGUAAACUUCACCAACCCCAACAAGAAGGUGAGCGUCUACUUCAGUCCCAUGUACAUUGAUGCUUACUAUGGUGGCACCCUCAUUGCUACCACCUACAUUGAACCUUUCACCGCACGCAAGCAUCAAUCCAUGUUUGCAAAUGUUCACAUGGUGGCUAGCCAGGUUCGUCUCGGAUUGCUCGAAAGCCAAAGGCUGAAGAAGCAGCUGGAGAGCAGCAGAGCCGGCUUCGAAAUCAAAGGCUACUUCAGAGCACGAGCUAAUUUCGGAAGCCUGUUGCGAUACUCGUAUAAAUUACAUGGUGACUGCACCGUUGUGCUCUCGAGACCUCCUGGUGGGGUUAUGGUUGGUAGGAAAUGCAAGACAAGACAUUGA